GUGCAAACAUAGUUUCUCGACAUAUAAUUUAGUAAUUAUAAUAACAAAUGUAACUGUGUCGUCUGAGUCCAGCUUAAUUUAAUCUUUACAUUUUUUGACGAGUUUUGGGAAUUCACUGAAGUCCACCGAAACCAGUAAAUUUUGGAAAUGGUCUAUGAGAAUAAAAGUUUCGAAGUCUCUGAUUUUAUGGCUUUGAGAAAAAACACAGAUAGUGAAGAUAUCACGUUGAAACUAACGUGUUUGCGAUGCAAAAAGUAUCUUUCAGUGAUCCCGACAUAUACACACUCAACACUUGGCUCACUUUGUGGAAGAUGUUCUGAUGAUCUGCAAAAUCUGGGCGAUGGUUUUAUUAGAAAUGAUAUUUACGAUAGUGCAAUUCAGCAUCAAAAGUUUCCUUGCAUCAAUCAACUUACUGGAUGCUUGGAGUAUUUAUUUCCAUCUGAGGUAGUAAAACACGAAACUAGAUGUUAUUAUAGAAUUAUUCAAUGUCCCAGUAAAAUUUCUAACGAUCCAAAUUGCAAGUGCAAAUGGAAGGGCAGCCCAAAUGAUAUUUUAGAUCAUUUCGAACACGACCAUCCUGUUUUAAUUCUAAAAAACAAUCAGUUUGAGGUUGAUUUUGUAAAUAAUGGCAGUGUUUCUUACAUAUUUCCAUUUGCUGAAGAAAUAUACCUUAUUGAAAGAAAUACAGAAAAUAAAAUAGUUAGCCUCACUUUAUCUUUUUUGCGAUCGGAACAUGAAAUGGAUGAUUAUGCAUAUAUAGUUUUGUUUAAAAGUGGGAAUAAUGCACAAGAACUUUCUAUUAGUGAAAGAAUUGGAAAAACAAUUAAAAUAUCAAAGGACUCUAUGAAGGAAUCUUUAAACGACCCAGUUAGCGUAGUUGCGAAUAUAGAUAUCACUAAAGAAAACUUAGUUCAAGAUGUUGGUAAUUUCCGUUAUAAUUCAAAGAUAAAUAAAGAUCUUUUGUCUGAGUUAGAAUGCCCGGUAUGUUUUUACUAUAUGAUUCCACCUAUUUAUCAGUGCGAACGUGGGCAUGGUAUAUGUAACAUUUGUCAACCUAAAAUGAAAGAAUGCCCUCAAUGUAAAGGAAAUUUUAUUCAAGCUCCAAACCGCAAUUUAGAAAAUAUUGCGAUGAAAAUGGAAUACCCAUGUAAAUAUCCCAAUUGUAAAUUUGUUGCUAAACCAAAGUAUAUUAAAGAACAUGAAGUGUCUUGUAUAUUUGGCACAUUUGAUUGUCCAUUAAAAGAUUUUGAAGACUGUACCGGUCAUUUCUCAUUUAACGAACUUUACGACCAUAUUAAGCAAAACCAUUAUGAACAUUUAUUAGAAUUUGAUAUUAUAGGUAUUCCAUUUGAUGCCGGUCUUGAGCAAAAUAUAACAGAUUGUUAUAUUAUUAAAAAAUUAUCUAAAUUAUUUAAGGUAUGCUUUUUAUAUGAUUAUGCAGAGAAAAUAUUCAGAUGGUCUGUAAAUCUUAUUGGAUCUUCUGAUAAUGAUUCCUACCAUUAUGAAAUUGAUUUUACUGACAAUAAUAAACAUUGUAGACUUUAUGUCAAAAAUGUAUGUGCUAUUGGCAAUGUAAAGCCGUUUGAAUGUUGUGAUAGCACUCUCAGUUUAGAUUAUAAUUUAGUAAAGAGAUUUAUAAGAAAUCAGUUAAUUUAUAAAGUAAGAAUUAUAAAUUAGGAUUAGUUUUUUUUCCUAAACUUUCUAUCUAUAACUUCUAUAAUUUAGUUUACCAGUAUUUAUAUUUUACUUGCGUUUGUGCAUUAUAUUAUUGAUACUUUUGAUUUGUUCUUUUUUAUAUUGUAUUUUUAACAAAUGAUUGGACAUUAUAUUACUUUAAUUUGUCUAAAAUUUGUUAUAUAUUUUUUUGACUUUUAUUUUUAGUAAUUUUUCAUGUUAUGUUAGUGUAAGGAUCAUCAUGUUGAAUGUUGAUAAAUUAUUUUUAAGUUU